GAAUCAUGUCACUCUCUCUGUAAAUCCACCUUUUCUCUGGUGAAUUGGAGCACGUGGAGUGCACGGACGUGUUAUCGACCGGAGGAUUUUGAUUAUUGGCAACAUGUCACGCGCCUAUGAUGCGACGAGACGCGGGAGCAGACGGGGCGAUACAAUCACACCAGUGAUUUGCUGGAUUUGGUGAUCGAUGGUGCCUUUGGAUGCUCAUGGAGAACUGUAAACAAGAUUGAGUCAACAAAGAAGGGACCUCUCAACCUGCUAUUUAAAGGAAAUAAGUCACUGGAGGCUGAUCUUAUGAGGACAUUGGGUUUUUAACACAGCUGCGUGCUGUUCUAAAGGUCCAGGUGGGAAGCAGAGCUAUGGGCUGCGGGGGGAGCAGGACCGAUGCUCUGGAGCCUCGGUACCUGGAGAGCUGGACCAAGGAGACAGAGUCCACGUGGCUGACCAGCACCGACACCGACAUCCCCCUGUCCUCCAUCCAGAGCAUCCCCUCCGAAAACUCUGAGGCUGGCUUCGCAUCGGAGAAAACAAUCACCCCUGUUCCAGAUUUCUUCGAGGAAGGCCUCCCUCUUCCUGCUCAGGCGUACCUGAAGGUCUGCUCGGCCGUGUCUGAAGCCAGUCUGAGCGACGAGAAGCCGGGCAGUCCCCCUGCUCUAAUGGGCUCUCCCCCCAAAGAGGCGGUGAUUCUGUCAUCUGGAACCACAGUGCAGCGCAGAAGUGUGCUACACACUGAGGAGAUUACUAAAUGGCAGGACAAUCGGAUGUCGACCAAGCAGGUGACCAUCACGGUGACGCAGAGCAUCCAUCAGGUGGACAAGAACGGGAAGGUGAAGAAGUCCCUCACCACCUACGAGGUUAUGAAACCCUCGGAAAACCUCAAACAGGUGAACACAGAAAACACCUGAGAGCAGGGGGCACUGGAAGAAGCUGAAC